CCUCCGUAGGUCACGCCCCGCGUUUAUCUAAAUGAGGAAGAAGUUGAAUUAAAAGUGAAACAAUGUAACGUUAGAUAUACACGGACUCGGGAGCGUGUACAAUUCACGUGCGUGUUCAUAAACAAAGAAAUGCCCGUUCUCAGCUGAAAACCAUGUUUCACUCUCGAUUUCUGCUGCUUUGUUUUUAUCUGUUAUAUUUCUGCGCAGCGUUCCGCGUUAAUGCAACGUCUCCUCCGAGAAAUGCGAAAUCUUCUGAUAAUCUGCACCACAUAGACUCCCCGGAGCAUAAUGCAGGCAGCACCGGAUACAGAGGAAGGUCCACUGAAGGUCUGGAGGGGUUUGAACCUGGAGAUGUUGCUCCUGCGUUCAAGGUGCAAACUCUGAACGGAGUGUUUCAGUACAGUCCUCAGAACGACUCGAGGAGCGCGCUCAUCGUGCACGCGUUCACCAAUAAAUCCGCCUUUCUGGAGUGUCUGUGGACGUGGAACGAGUCUCUGUCAGACCUGCUGAAAUAUCUGCCGGCCAACACUGAAGUCCUGCUGCUGUCCCUGGAUGACACUGCGCAGCAGGACGCCCUCUGGAUGAAAGAACAGGUGUACACGGCUGCAGCCCAUGGAGGAAAAGAGAUCUUGUCCAGACUGCAUUUCUCUCCUAUUCCUGUGUUUGCGCUGGGUAACUGGUUACCCAGAGUUCUGUACUCGUGGGGAUGUGGAGGACACAACUGCGGCCUCGCUCAGGUGCUUUUCUCCUCUCCAGACUGGAGUGCACCGGUGAUCGCCAAGCGUCUCAAUGCCCGAUACGACUGGCUGAAUGGACGCUGGGGUGCAGAUCCUUACAGACUGCUGGAUGCUGGUGAUGGUUGUAAACCUGUAGCAUCUGUCAAAGGUGCAGUGGCAUGGGUAUCUGAGGGGGGCUGCUCUUUCUUCACAAAGAUAAAAACCAUGGCUGAAUCUAACGCUACCGGAGUGCUGGUGUAUGCAUUACCUGGGCAUCCCAUACAGGACAUGAACUGCUUAGGAGACGAUUGUUCCACCUCCAUCAACAUUCCUGCGUCUAUGGUCCAUAUCGAACCAUCUGUCAUGGAAGCACUGCGAAAGGGGAACCCUGUGAAUGUGACUAUCCAGGUCACACCUUCUCCAAACUUCUUCUUUGCGAUCAACCAGAAGGGGGCGCUGUCUGAGAUGGGCUGGUUUCUCUACCCCUCCUUCAGAUUCAUGGCCUGGCAGGCGCAGUGGUUCAUAUUCAAUGAGGCUCUGCAGGAGCACCUGAGUCAGCCUGCUGUUAUAGUGCCUGUGUUUGAUCGUCAUCUGAUGCAGGGAGAGACGGGAGCUCAGGCGGUGGUGGAUCUGCCUGAAGAUUUCAUGGAUUAUGAUAUUCUGGAAUUGGAUGCCUCCCUGUCCUGUCCCGGCCGCAGGGACGAGACAUGUGCUCACUGGGAUCACACCGUACAGCUGUACGUAUGCUGCGAUCGCACCAGCCCAUACUGCAACCUGGAGCUCGGGCGCUGGAUAACAGCCUUCCGCAGGGGCACGGGUCAUUGGCUAACGGAUGUUUCUCCUUUGAUUCCUCUGCUAAAUGACAAGAAAUGUGUCUUCACCAUGAAGACUGUGCCAUGGGCCAUGCCAUGGAUGACGUCUCUCCAGCUACGCUUUAGUCACAGCAACCAGACAGGUAAUUACUCCGACAGACUGUACCCUUUCAAGGUGAUGUCACUGUUCCCUGGGGGGACGUUUGACAAGGACUAUAACAGCAGAUACCAGGAGAUCAAGUUCACUCUUCCAGCUUCAACAAAGAAGGUGGAGUUAUAUGCCGUUAUCACGGCUCACGGGUCUGACGAGAACUUCUGCGGUGAAUUUUGUGUGACAUCACAUCAUUUCCUGAUCAACAGAUCCAUCAAUAACACCCUUGUGUUUGAGACAGCUGGAUCACCUCUGGGCUGUGCCAUGCGGGUUUUUGAAGGAGCAGUGCCCAAUGAACACGGGACCUGGCUGUACGGCCGUGGAGGCUGGUGCGACGGGCUCCAGGUGGAUCCAUGGAGGACUGACAUCACUUCCCAGCUGGACAUGAGUGGAACGAAUUCUGUCCUUUACUUCGGACUCUUUGAAGGACGCAAUCCAGAUCCAAAGACUAAUCCGGGGUACAUUAUUAUGUACUCAUCUCUAGUGUUUUAUAAAUGAUUUAUGAUUUUUUUUGCCAGUAUAACUCAUCAUUAUUCAGAAAUAUUUGGUAUUCCCUAAUGCUGCUUAUUUUUGAAAGGUAUUUUGUUUAUAAAUGCUUUGGCAUAAUUCAGUUUAGACAGUGAGAUUAGACAGUAAAUUGACAGAUCUUUUUCAAAUAAAUGAUGUCUUAAGAGACACACAUCAGUCUCUGUUAAAUCAUUUUUUUUGCAUUACUAGCUGUGUGUACUAAAUCACUGACCUAGUAAGCUGCAUAUUUAGGCAGCAUUUUAAGGCAUCAUAGAUGCUCUUAAUACAAAGUCUGUUCCAAAAGAUAGCAAUUAUGAUGUUUCCUAAGAUACUGUACCUUUUUUUUCCACUUGUGAAGAAAGAAAUCCCAUAAUGCAAUCUAAAGAUCUCAGUAAAAAUACUGAGUAGUAUCUUGAAAUCUAAAUCCAUUUGAGUUAUGAUGUUGGGUAAGAAGGCAGUUGUCUAUGUAGGCAGCUUACUAGAUUUAGGAACGCUGUUUCACGUAGUGCUCUUUAGUAAAAACUAUCAUCAGUCAUUCUUCUAAAGUCUUGCGACUCUGAAGUUUUUUUUAUUGUUUUCUUCCGUGUGAAAAUUAUGUGCAAUUACACACAUCUCCUGUAGCUCCUUAACUUCAAAUGAAGGGAGGAGCAGCAAACCUUGAUCUUCAUUCUUCAGUGCUUUUCACUUUCAAGGCGCUUGAAGUCCCUGAUUUUGAGGACCGACCCUUUGUCAAUAAGAGAUUGUUUUUGCCCAGCUACAGUAGUUUCCACACUUGACCUCUUGUCUGAUUUUAAGCAUUAUAACAUGUACUGUGUUCUGUAAUUGAAAUGCACCUCCUAUGAUGGCUGCACACAAUAGAACAGAACAUUCUAGUUUUUGUCAAAGUUUGGAUUCUGUAAAAACUCACUACAUCAUUUUGAGGAACAAAAACAUUGGGAAUGAUUAUACUCUUGCUUUGAAGUAAAUGGUUUUUUGAAUUGAGUAACUUGUGCAUGAAGGUUAAGGUUCAUGGAACUGCUAUCAAGACAAUCGAGGUCUGUGAAGUCAGUUACAGGAAAUAAAAACUGUAUGUGGCCACUUCC